CAGGCGUAAAAUGCCACGAGAUUUCAAAACCUAUGAACGGGGAAACAAGGAGAGAAAGAGAGAGAGAUCGAAGAAUUUGGAAUUGUCAUGUGUGCAUGGUUUGGAUGUACAAACAGCGCAAAAAUUACCAUGCGAAGAAAAAAAAAGAUACGCCUACUCUCACUCCUGUCCGACCAUUCCCGUGCCCUUGAAUAGGACCAAUUGCCCUUACACAUGCACGCAGAUCGCCAAGAUCACUUGUGUGCUAGACGGAAGGGAACAAACUCGUAGGCCGAGACGAUGGCCGCGUCCAGAAGAGCGGCGGCGGCUAUGCUGUGCCUGGCCGUGGCGGUUGCCGCGGUCCUGGCGGCGGAGAAGAGCGGGGCGGAAGCGGAACGGCCGGGAUGCUUCUGCGACUGCAUGAAGAACCGGUGCAUGACCCUCGGCGCGAGCGCGGCGGACAAGUUCGACUGCGCGGCCGCCUGCACCGAGGGCUGCGCGCAGAUCGGUCAGCCGGGCCAGCCCAGGGCCGACGACUUCUGCGGUUUCUGAGCCGCACGCUCUCUCGGGCUUUGCAGAUUAUAGCAGGCCGGCGUAGGCUCGAUCUAUCCGGUGACCGGACGGCCCAGUUGGAUGCCGCCACGACCACGGUCCACGACAUUCAUGCAUCGUAUGUGCAUGCAUGUCCCAUAGCAAGAGUCUAAAUAAAGCUGGUUGUUAUUAUUUCGUGUUACUCCUAUGUCCGAUAGCAUAUACUACAGGAUUGGAUUCU